ACCUGCCUUCCUUUCUUCUUCAUUAUCACCUGUUCUCUGUUUUCUCUCUCUCUCUCCAUAUUUUCUCUCUCCUCCAUGAAAAUUUCUCACAGAUUCUCUGAAAUUUAGCAAAAAAUCUGAAGAUUAGAAAGAAAUCCCAAAAAAAUGAUAAAGAAACCGUUAUCUCCAUCAAGUUCUCCGGUGAAAAUAACGGUAACAUCAACCGGAGGAAACCGGAAUAUCGGGUUAACAAGUCCAAUUCAACGCCAUUCUCUCUCUCCUCUUAGUGCUCAAACUAACCGGAACUCCUCCGCGAGACGGCGGCGAUAUUCAAUCACUCAACAAGAAAACGACGCCGUUGAAGGCGGAGUAGAAGAGAAAAGGCAACAAGAAGAUGAAGAUGAAGAAGGACUCAAUUCAGAGUUCGUUUCUUACACUGUUCAUAUCCCACCAACCCCAGAAAGACCUCCAAUUUCGUCAAUUUCUGACUCACAAAACAGAGCAGAAACAGAGUCAAUGGACCGAAUUGGGCUGAAUCAGGCCCGAUUUGGGCCGGGUUUUAUCUCGGGUACGAUUUUCACAGGUGGGUUUAACUCGGUGACACGUGGGCAUGUGAUUGAUUGUUCAAUGGAGAAAUCUGAAGAACAGGGGAAAUCAGUGAAUGAGUGUAUGAUGAAAGGGUGUGAUGAGAAAGCUAUAAAUCCAUGUGAUUGUGGGUUUAAAAUUUGCAGGGAAUGUUAUUUGGAUUGUUUGAGUAGCAAAGGUGGUGGACAUUGUCCUGGGUGUAAGGAAUUGUAUGAUAAAGAAGACCGAGAAAAUGGUGGGAGUAAGGAGAUGGAGGAGGAAGAGGAGGAUGAAGCUCGGCCGCUUCGUUCGAUGGCGGCCGAGUUUAAAUUGGAUAAAAGGUUAUCGGUUGUGAAAUCAGUCAAGUAUCCGCCUGAUUUUGAUCAUAAUAGGUGGUUGUUUGAGACUAAAGGGACUUAUGGGUAUGGUAAUGCUUUGUGGCCUAAAGAUGGAUACGGAUUCGGAGCGGGUGGAGGUGGUGGUGGAGGGAAUAAUGUGAACAAUAAUAACAAUAAUAAUGGGUUUGAAUAUCCGCCUGAUUUUGGGGAGAGGUGUAGGAAGCCUUUGACUAGGAAGGUUGCUGUUUCUACUGCUAUUAUCAGCCCUUAUAGAAUAUUGAUGGUAAUACGUUUUGCUGCUUUGGGCUUGUUCCUUGCCUGGAGAAUUCGACAUCCUAACCGCGAAGCCAUGUGGUUAUGGGGCAUGUCUGUUACCUGUGAAGUUUGGUUUGCAUUCUCUUGGCUUUUAGACCAGCUUCCUAAACUCUGUCCUGUUAACAGAAUUACUGAUCUUUCUGUCUUAAAAGAUCGUUACGAAUCCCCCAAUCUUCGUAACCCAAAGGGUCGAUCUGAUCUUCCAGGAAUCGAUGUCUUUGUUUCGACAGCAGACCCUGAAAAGGAGCCUCCUCUUGUAACAGCCAAUACCAUUCUUUCUAUCCUUGCAGUAGACUAUCCUGUUGAGAAGUUGGCCUGUUAUCUGUCAGAUGAUGGAGGUGCACUUCUGACAUUCGAGGCCUUAGCUGAGACUGCGAGUUUUGCCAGAACUUGGGUGCCUUUCUGUCGAAAGCAUAGUAUAGAGCCAAGAAAUCCUGAGGUAUACUUUGGACAGAAGAAGGAUUUUCUUAAGAACAAAGUCAGGUUGGACUUUGUUCGAGAGAGGAGACGUGUUAAGAGAGAGUAUGAUGAGUUUAAAGUGAGGAUUAACUCAUUACCGGAGUCUAUCAGGAGACGGUCUGAUGCUUACAACGCCCAUGAAGAGCUUCGCGCUAAGAAGAAACAAAUGGAAAUGGGAGGAAACCUUGCUGAACCACUAAAGGUUGUUAAGGGAAUAUGGAUGUCUGAUGGUUCUCACUGGCCUGGAACUUGGUCUUCUGCUGAACCUGAUCACUCUAGAGGUGAUCAUGCUGGUAUCAUUCAGGCUAUGCUAGCACCACCAAACUCUGAACCAGUGUAUGGCUCAGAAGCAGAUGCUGAGAACUUGAUAGACUCAACCGAAGUAGACAUACGCCUUCCCAUGCUAGUAUACGUGUCAAGAGAGAAAAGACCAGGUUAUGAUCACAACAAAAAAGCCGGAGCUAUGAAUGCACUAGUAAGGACUAGUGCAAUCAUGUCCAACGGUCCAUUCAUCCUCAACCUCGACUGUGAUCACUACAUCCACAACUCCUUGGCUUUGAGGGAAGGAAUGUGCUUUAUGCUUGACAGGGGUGGUGAUAGAAUUUGUUAUGUGCAAUUCCCUCAAAGGUUUGAAGGGAUUGAUCCCAGUGAUCGUUAUGCAAACCACAACACUGUGUUUUUUGAUGUGUCCAUGAGAGCUUAUGAUGGGUUACAAGGCCCAAUGUAUGUUGGUACAGGCUGCAUUUUUCGGAGGAUUGCAUUGUAUGGGUUCAGUCCUCCAAGGGCUACUGAACAUCAUGGAUGGUUUGGCUCGAGAAAGUUCAAAUUGCUUCUACGAAAGAAGGCUAAAGAACCAAACCCUGAAGAGAUUGCUUUACCAGUUGGAGGAUAUGAAGAAGAUAAUGAUGAUUUAGACAUUGAGUCAUUGCUCCUCCCUAAGAGAUUCGGAAAUUCCACUUCUUUAGCUGCAUCUAUCCCAGUAGCAGAAUACCAGGGCAGGCUUCUUCAGGAUCUCCAAGGCAAGGGUAACCAAGGGAGGCCUGCAGGAUCACUUGCUGUCCCUCGAGAGCCUCUAGAUGCUGCUACUGUCGCUGAGGCCAUUAGUGUUAUCUCCUGUUUCUACGAGGAUAGAACUGAGUGGGGUAAACGAGUAGGGUGGAUAUACGGUUCUGUAACAGAAGAUGUUGUGACAGGUUACAGAAUGCACAAUAGAGGAUGGAGGUCCAUUUACUGUGUGACUAAAAAGGAUGCAUUUCGAGGGACUGCCCCAAUUAAUCUAACUGACCGCCUUCAUCAAGUUCUUCGAUGGGCAACUGGUUCAGUGGAGAUCUUCUUCUCAAAAAACAAUGCACUUUUUGCUAGUAGGAGGAUGAAGUUUUUGCAAAGGGUGGCAUACCUAAAUGUCGGUUUAUACCCUUUCACUUCUAUGUUCCUAAUUGUCUAUUGCUUCCUCCCUGCCCUCUCACUCUUUUCAGGACAAUUCAUAGUCCAAUCCCUCAAUGUAACCUUCCUGGUCUUGCUGCUGCUCGUAUCCCUGUCCUUAUGUAUGCUUGCCCUCCUCGAGAUCAAGUGGUCAGGAAUCACCCUACACGACUGGUGGAGGAACGAGCAGUUCUGGCUCAUUGGAGGAACAAGUGCACACCCUGCUGCUGUUCUUCAAGGUUUACUCAAAGUCAUAGCAGGAGUCGACAUUUCCUUCACACUAACCUCAAAAUCUGCUACUCCAGAUGAUGCUGAAGACGAGUUUGCUGAUCUAUAUAUAGUCAAAUGGAGCUUCCUAAUGCUUCCUCCAAUAACAAUCAUGAUGAUUAACAUGAUUGCUAUUGCUGUGGGUUCUGCUAGGACUUUAUAUAGUCCAUUUCCUGAAUGGAGUAAGCUUCUAGGAGGUGUGUUCUUCAGCUUCUGGGUGUUAUGCCAUCUGUAUCCUUUCGCUAAAGGGUUGAUGGGGCGAAGUGGCAGGGUUCCUACAAUAGUCUACGUUUGGUCAGGGCUACUUUCAAUUACCAUCUCAUUGCUUUGGAUUAAUAUCAGUCCCCCUACCGGAGGCCAUCAGGGUUUAAGGUUCGAGUUUCCUUAAUUCAUAAUACCUUUUCUUUCCCCACUUGAUGAGGAUAUUGUAACAAAGAUGAAGUUCUUUCUCAGACUUCAUUUUGCUGUUUAUAACUAGUUCAAUAUGAUUCUUUCAUGAAAAAUCUUGUAAUUUUUUAUAUCCUGAGUCCUGAAAUACUGUCAUAUUUCUAGUUUGAACUGUAUCAGUUGUAAUUCAUUCUUUAGCUA